GCUACUGUGACAUGAAGAUAGUGUCCGAGAUGUUCUCUUGCGCCAUUUCCACCGACUGAAAAGUCAUGGGGGCAGAUGCCCCCAAAGAAAGUGGUGCCUUCACUCCUCGACCGGUCCAGCGCAGUACGACUACUUGCCACCGAGCCAAAAGGCUCGGAAGGGUCAUAGAAGACCGCGCAGGACCGGCCGCCCCUGCAGUACCCAGAGUGGACUGCAUCGCUGGUUUUGGAUUGACAGGUUGUGGUGGUCGAAUGGAUCGACAUGCCAACCGUCCUACGAAAGAGAAAUGGUGGUUAUGAAACGCACCAACGGGGGAAACAACAUGCACUUGGACCGAAUUGACAGGGAAACAAUGCAACUGUCUGCAAAAUUGGGACUCACGGCGCAUCUUCCCGUGCUUUGUGGGAGUGAUCAUGUCACCGACCCCCACCCCUGCAGCUGCGAUUUCGCCCAAGCAGGAAAUGGGAUGCGCAAAUGGUCAAUGGUAUCAUUCAGUACUCAGGUGCUGAUAAUAGUAGAGGUUAACCUGCCGUGUAUCACCACCAAAAUGGACUUGCGUGCAUCAACACGGCAAGAUGAGAAAAAAAAGAGCCAUUCGCUGAGAAAAUCAUCAAGGCACUCGUCAUCACUGUCUUUAGUCAUCAUCUUACCCAGAACCCAGCUCGCUUACGCUCUGGACAUGGAGGUUUGGAAAUGUAGGGAAUUGUGGGAUUGUGUUCAAAGAGGAUCCAUUGAGGAUAGGACUCAAUAGUCGAAAGGUCUAAUCGUUUAGGUGAAACAAAGC